ACAUAACAUACCCCUAUCUCCUUAGGAAAAGCCACUCGACUUCAACACUUUCUUCCUCUUCCCACACCCUCCAUUGUUUUAUAUACCAUUCGUAGAAAGUCACUCAUUUGGGUCUCCUCCCACCUCUUCUUUCUUUUCCAUUUUCCAGGGAGCUUCAUCAAAACCCAGAUUCUGGUUUGCUGCUCUCGGCCCAUUUUCAGUAAGGGUAAGUGAAAAUGGCGCAGAUUUUGGCACCCUCUGCCCAAUGGCAGAUGAGAAUGCCAAAGAACACGGCGCUUGCAAGUCCCUUGACAUCAAAGAUGUGGGGUUCUCUUUUGUCGAAACCAAACAAGCAAGGAACAGUUAAAACUUCUGCCAAGUUUAAAGUGUUUGCCCUCAAGUCUGAAAACAGCACUGUCAAUAGGAUAGAGGAUCUGCUCAACCUAGACAUUGCUCCCUACACCGAUAAAAUCAUUGCUGAAUAUAUCUGGAUCGGUGGUUCUGGAAUUGAUUUGCGUAGCAAGUCAAGGACAAUUGCAAAGCCUGUUGAGCAUCCAUCUGAGCUUCCCAAAGGUCCAUACUAUUGUGGAGCUGGAGCUGAGAAAUCAUUUGGUCGUGACAUCUCAGAUGCACAUUACAAGGCUUGCUUAUAUGCUGGCGUUAACAUUAGUGGCACCAAUGGUGAAGUUAUGCCAGGGCAGUGGGAGUAUCAAGUAGGUCCAAGUGUGGGCAUUGAAGCUGGUGAUCAUAUCUGGUGUUCACGAUACAUUCUUGAGAGAAUCACCGAACAGGCUGGCGUUGUUCUUUCCCUUGAUCCUAAACCAAUAGAGGGUGACUGGAAUGGUGCUGGCUGCCACACCAAUUACAGUACAAAGAGCAUGAGGGAAGACGGAGGCUAUGAAGUAAUAAAGAAGGCAAUCUUGAACCUUUCCCUUCGCCAUAAAGACCAUAUUAGUGCUUAUGGUGAAGGAAAUGAAAGAAGGUUGACGGGAAAGCACGAGACAGCCAGCAUCGACACAUUUUCUUGGGGAGUUGCCAAUCGUGGGUGCUCAAUUCGUGUGGGGCGUGACACCGAGGCGAAAGGAAAAGGUUAUUUGGAAGACAGACGCCCUGCUUCGAAUAUGGACCCAUAUGUUGUGACCUCAUUACUGGCAGAAACCACCAUAUUGUGGGAGCCUACUCUUGAGGCUGAAGCUCUAGCUGCUCAGAAGCUUGCAUUGAAGGUUUAAGCACCGAAAGAGCAAAAUAAAUUAGAUUUUUUUUCCAGUUUCUUUUGGCAUUCCUGGGCGAGAUCCCUGUAAAUAAAGGGUCCUAAAUUGAGUAGCCUAUGCAUGUGAAAUGGUUUUUUAGCCGUUGGCAUCCUCUGUUGGAACCAAACGAUUCCCAAGUUAGUUUUGGGUUUCUGGGUGUUCGCUUCAUUGAUCUUCUGCAACUUUUUAUGCCCUCCAAAUCCAUUUUGGCAAUUUAUGAUAAUCUUGUUUGGACACUUCUACA